UCUGCUGGGUAAGUACAUUGAGGUUGAGGGGUGUCUUUAGCCCCUUUUGAUCAGUCUAGUCCAAACAAUGGCGGCCUCGGUGGACGAGCAAAUUUCAGUUGAUAUGAGUGAUGAUAGAGAGCCCCAAUUCGAACCACUUACUUACAACUGGGUAAACAUCACCCACCAAUUUUUCGAUGCCAUAACAGACCUUGAGCUUGGAGAACUCCUGCACGAUGAGUUAUUUGGCCUCUUCGAGGCAAUGUCAGCAAUUGAGAUGAUGGAUCCAAAAAUGGACGCUGGAAUGUUGUGCAAUCGUGGUAGUAAUAAACCCUACACGUUUGCUCAAGCAGUCGAGUCGGGCUCUAUUCGUCUUGACAAUCUAACCCCAUCAGAAGUUAUUGGUAUCAUUGACUCCACUUAUGCCUGCAUAGUGUCAUGGCUGGAGGGUCACAGUCUGGCCCAAACUGUCUUUACCAAUCUCUACUUACAUCAGCCCGGACAAAUUGUUGAUAAACCACUGAAAACCUUUUGUUAUGCUGUUUAUAAAAUUAUUGAGGUUAUCAAGGAUGACAUUAGUAGAGCAAUGGUGUUCGAGGAAGAGGAUUUUCAGAGUGUUACUUAUGGCUACAGACUCCAGCAGGAUAUCACCGAGCAGAAGACAGUGUCAAUGCUCAAGGAGGUCGAGGAGGAGCUGCACAGGAAGAGUAGAAUUAAACCUGUUAAUGUAGAAACUGAGAGAGAGUACAACGAUGGUCUCGCCUUAUAUGCUCGGAUAAGAUUCACAAAGAUGUUCUACCAGACAAUCUCAUUGAUGGGAAGGAAGGAGAACCUCUCACAGAAUCUAACCGAGUGCCAGCGUCUUCUCUCCAACUGCUCGGACAUGAUUCAAGUGAUGUUGAAGACAGUGAACAGGGGUAAAAAUUUCGACGAGACAGCCAACCACCCCACGAUAAUGGGAUUCGAUCCAAUGGUCAAUCAGAGACUGCUUCCCCCCACAUUUCCACGCUACACGAAGAUAAAACCACGCGUGGAAGCAUUGGAGUAUAUAGACGAAUUAUUAAACAGGUUGAAGACAGUGACAAAGAUAACUAGUUGCACUGGCUUCCACAGUGCUCUCGAUUUCUUCCUAGAAUUCUCGAGAACAAGUCCCUGCAUUCUGUCAAGAUCAAUGCUACAGAUUGUUUAUUUACCAGUUUGCAAUAGAGUUUUUGGUGUUAAUACGUUUACAGAUUACUUGAGAGAGGCUGCGAGAAAUUUUUCAGCACCACCAGCUCUGUUCUCCAGAAGUACUCUCCUCCAAAAUCAUCAAGCGAGAGAAUGUGUGGAAUUAUUUUUCUACCACUGUACAUCAUUAUUCGGCAGUUUAUUGCAACUGAGCGGGCACAAUAGGGCGAGACAGAGGGACAAGCUGGCACAUUUACUCGAGGAUUUUGCAACACUUCAUGACGAGGCAGAACGUGUUGACCGACAUUUGAAUACCUUAUCACUGAAGAACGACUCAUCACGCUCUCAUUUAGCAUGUUUCGGUACAUGGAUUUUUUAUCAUACACUGAGGGUUAUGGUCAUGUAUCUGCUGAGUGGAUUCGAGUUGGAAUUGUACUCAAUUCAUGAAUACCAUUACAUUUACUGGUAUCUCUACCAAUUUCUCUAUGGCUGGCUGGUCUCUGCCCUGACUCGUGCUGACUCCUUCCUCAUGGAGCAGGAGAUUCACAGUGAGAUGCAAAAAGGAAGGGGUGGCAAGAAGAGUGCCAAGAGUAAAAAGAAAAAAAUGGCACCGAGGCCAUAUAGUCUGGAGAUACUCAUGUGUCAGGUGCUGCAAAAUCUCUGUGGGGGGUACUUCAAGGCACUCGUUGGGUUCAGAAUGGACGGCAAGAUUCACUUUCCAGAGACGCAGUUUGACUCGGAGAGGGUCAGGUAUGAGCAUAGACUAUUGCCUUUCUCUUCGUUGCUCAUACCUCCUGCUGCUGACUAUCAGAAAUUUCUCGAGCUGACGGACUCACAUGUCGACAGAAAAAAUGAAGCUGUCACGAGUGAACUGCAGUAUUCCUCGGCGUGCAGAUACUUUCAUCGUGCUAAGAAUAUGUUAGACUGUGCCCAAACUCUGUGUCAAGAUAAGAAUGCCACAACAGCUAAUGAGAUUGUCGAUCUUCUGAAAAUAACGAAAACGAAUUUCAUUGUGGUGAAACUCCUCGCCGAUGGCCACAAGAGGGACUCCAAAGAACCUCCACUCUUCGAUUUUUCAUGUCAUCAACAUUUUCCAAUAAUUAAACUCGUAUGAAAUUAGGUCAAAUGAAUCACUGACUCCCAAUUCAUUUGAACUUCAGUAGUUAUGGUAUAUUAGAUUGAAAACAAAUCUAGUAAUUUAUUUUUUAUGAGUUGUGAAUGAAUUGACUGAGAGGGAGAGAGUGAUAGAGGGAGAGAGAAUUGUUUUACUAGAAUUUCAGUCCAUUGAUAUUUGUUCUCCAUAAAAAAAAUUUAAGUCCUCGAUUUCAUAAUUUUUUAACAACCUAGCAAAUCGUGUUGAGCGCGAACCAAAAGAUGCAGUUUUAAAUCGAAAAAAAAUUAAAUUACACUAUACUGUGAAAUAGGCAUAUAGAGCCAUAUAAAUAAUGUAAAUCAAUGCCCAGAUCAAACUAUAAAAAACAUUCAAAAUAUUUGUUCAACUUUUUUGUGCGAAGGGAGGGAAAAAAUCGAAACUGUGAAUAAAUAAUACAGCUUAUUAAAAAGUGAAGAAAAAUAAGAA